CCCAUCUGCAAGCCGCAUUGACCAAUUGUGAAGAGACAAUUCAAAAUGACUGGCAAGACCAUCGUGCUCAUUACCGGUGCCAACCAGGGCCUGGGUUUUGAGAUUUCCAAGAAACUUGCCACGGACCAGAAGGACUACCACAUCAUCAUGGCCGGACGCAGGAAGGAGGCGAUUGAAGAGGCAGCCCAGAAGCUUGCGUCCCAGGGCCUGUCUGUCGAGCCCCUCAUACUGGACGUGAACUCGGAUGAGUCCAUCGAAGCGGCGGCCCAGACGGUGAGCGGGAAACACGGGCAUAUCGACGUCCUCAUCAACAAUGCCGGUAUAUCGAGCGCGCCCAAGGCAGCCGACGGCAAGCCCAAUAGUGUCCGCGCAGAGUACCUCGACAUCUACAACACAAACGUCGCCGGCACUCAGGUUGUCACGGAGAACUUUAUCCCGCUGCUUGAGAAAUCCACCCUCACGAAACGCAUCAUAUUCAUGUCCUCCAGCAUUGGUUCCCUAACCUUCAAAGCCACCAACGAGCAGAGCAGAAAGCUUCCGUGGUGGCCCUACACCCUCUCCAAGACGGCUAUGACCAUGCUGGGGUUGUUCUACUCAGCAAAGUUCGACGGGAAGGACGACUGGAAGAUCAACAUCUGCUGCCCCGGUCAUUGUGCGACAAACCUGAAUUCUUACGCGGGUUCGUUGCCGGCGGAGCAUGGCGCAAUAAAUGCGUGUCGGCUGGCGACCUUGGGACCGGACGGAGAGACGAAUACCUUUACUGAUGUUGACGGGACGGUGCCAUGGUAGAUGUGGUUAGGGCGUCGCGGUAUCUGAAAAUGGUGAUGCUGUGAAGUGACACAGACCUGGAUGGUGCUGUACCGCCCAUGGACUGUUGCAUAGUAGCCUGGCCUUGUUCCUAGGACCCAUUCUGUAUGUUAUUGCGAGAUAUCAUAAGCAGAUUUGGGAGAGAGUGAGGGAGAGAGAGCAAUCGAAAACAUCUUUCCUUUGGG